UUACUGGAGAUUUGUUCUUGCAGGACCUGGAUGUUCCUCCAUUGCUUAUGGAAUGGCAGAGGAAAUAGGACCAUUUCAUAUUAAGCCAGAUGGAAAGACCCUUUACUUGAAUCCUUAUUCUUGGAAUCAAGUGGCCAAUAUUUUGUUUCUUGAUUCCCCGGCUGGAGUUGGAUAUUCAUAUUCAAACACUUCUUCUGAUCUGUUGAACAAUGGUGAUAAAAAGACCGCUGCGGACUCACUAGCUUUCUUGCUGAAUUGGUUUGAACGCUUCCCCCAAUACAAAGGAAGGGACUUCUACAUUACAGGGGAGAGCUAUGCAGGGCAUUAUGUUCCUCAGCUGAGUCAAGCCAUUGUACGGUACAACCAAGUGACAAAGGAUGAGAAAAUUAAUCUGAGGAGUUAUAUGGUUGGAAAUGCACUGACUGAUGAUUAUCAUGACCAUUUGGGACUUUUCCAAUUUAUGUGGGCAGCUGGCUUGAUUUCUGACCAAACAUACAAGAAACUUAAUCUUUUGUGUGAUUUUGAAUCAUUUAUCCAUAGCUCAGUCGCUUGUGAUAAGAUGGAGGACAUUGCAGCCAAAGAACUUGGAAACAUUGAUCCAUACAGCAUCUUCACUCCUUCCUGCUCUGCUAAUGUUAGCCAGUCUAAUUUGUUGCCUAAAAGAAAGCAUAGGGUUGGUCGUGUCAGUGAGAAGUAUGAUCCCUGUACUGAGACACAUUCGACUGUAUAUUUCAAUCUACCUGAAGUUCAGAAGGCAUUACAUGUUUCACCAGAGUUUGCACCAGCUAGAUGGGAGACCUGCAGUGAAGUGGUAAAUAUUAACUGGAAGGAUUCUCCUAGGACAGUGCUGGACAUUUAUAAAGAGCUCAUACGUUCAGGACUUCAUUUGUGGGUGUUCAGUGGUGAUACAGAUGCCGUCAUCCCAGUUACAUCCACCCGCUACAGCAUAGAUGCUCUGAAACUUCCUACUGUCAAACCUUGGGGUGCCUGGUAUGAUGAUGGACAGGUGGGAGGAUGGACCCAAGAGUAUGCCGGACUUACCUUCGUUGUGGUGAGAGGAGCAGGCCAUGAAGUGCCACUGCAUAAACCCAAACAAGCUCUCACACUCGUCAAAGCCUUCUUAUCAGGAACUCCAAUGCCAACCCUUCAACUAGUCAGCGACUCUUGAUGUCGCCGUGCCCUUUUGGCGGUUAAUUCCACGAUCCAACGUAAUUCCAGGGGAUGUCGAAAUCCAAGAUAAUCUGCGACCAGGGUGUGGAUUAAUGUUAUUAACAACUUUCUCCUCCAAAGAGAAGGGACCAAGUUCAAAUCCAUCAAAAUAAAAGUUUAUUUGGAUGAUUCACUUGAAUUGGAGAUGAAGCGUUAAAAAUUCGAUCUUAAUUAUGCCUGCAUGUUGCUACCUCCAUUUCGCUACUGUUGUUUCAAUGUCAUGGAACCUUUUUUUAU